GAGCGCUUCUUCCGGGUGGGGCCCCGGGCAGAGGCGAUGGCGCCAUGGGCGCUCCUCAGGCCUGGGGUCCUGGUGCGGACCGGGCACACCGUGCUGACCUGGGGGAUCACGCUGGUGCUCUUCCUGCAUGAUACCGCACUGCGGCAGUGGGAAGAGCAGGGGGAGCUGCUCCUGCCCCUCACCUUCCUGCUCUUGGUACUGGGCUCCCUGCUGCUUUACCUGGCUGUGUCACUCAUGGACCCGGGAUACGUGAAUGUCCUGCCCCAGCCCCAGGAGGCCAAGGAAGAGCAGACAGCCAUGGUUCCUCAGGCCAUCCCCCUUCGGCGCUGCAGAUACUGCAUGGUGCUGCAACCCCUGCGGGCCCGUCACUGCCGUGAGUGCCGUCGUUGUGUCCGCCGAUAUGACCACCACUGCCCCUGGAUGGAGAACUGCGUGGGGGAGCGCAAUCACCCACUCUUCGUGGCCUACCUGGCGCUGCAGCUGGUGGUGCUUCUGUGGGGCCUGUACCUGGCAUGGUCUGGCCUCCACUUCUUCCGGCCUUGGGGGCUCUGGCUGCGGUCCAGUGGGCUCCUGUUUGCCACCUUCCUGCUGCUGUCACUCUUCUCCCUAGUGGCCAGCCUGCUCUUGGCCUCGCACCUCUACCUGGUGGCCAGCAACACCACCACCUGGGAGUUCAUCUCCUCACACCGCAUCGCCUACCUCCGCCAGCGCCCCGGCAACCCCUUCGACCGCGGCCUGACCCGCAACCUGGCCCACUUCUUCUGUGGCUGGCCCUCGGGGUCCUGGGAGACCCUCUGGGCUGAGGAGGAGGAAGGCAGUAGCCAGGAUGUUUAGGGUUGCUAGAGGCUGGGCCACCAUCUUGUGCCUGAAAACCAGAGGGGCUGCACCCGGGGGCGUCAGCCCUCCGAGGGCCUGGAGCUCCUCACUCCUGCCCCCUCCUCCCAGGCCUCAGAGUGGAGCUGAAGGACAGAACCCUGCCUCAAAGGCAGAGGGGAGGAAGAGGACCCAGGGGGGCUCGGGCACAAAGGGCCUGGGUUGUGACUUCCACCCUCCCCGCCCCAAGCCAGGCUGCCUCCAGUGCACAGUUUUAUAAAUUUAA